AUGAGGUUCCUCCACACAGUUAUUACGCUGUCGGCCCUGGCGGUCAGCAUCGAUGCUCUCCCGUUCUCAGUAACCAAGAACGAGGAUGGUCAGGUUCACGACAUGUCAAUCCACGAUACCAGUAUCGUUGCGCGUCAGGCACAGCCGCCACCAUCGGCAUUAGUCCCCGAGCCCGCCGCCGAGGCCGAUAUGGACGAGUUCGAAGACGAUGACGUCGAAGAUGUCGUUGACGACGGCGAAGUGGACGCUCAAGGCAAGAAGAAGAAGAAGAAGAAGAAGGGAAAGAAAGGCAAGAAGGGCAAGAAGAAGGGCAAGAAGCCCCUUGACGCGCAACCCGACGCCGACGCCCAGCCAGCCCCGGCUGGUGGGGCCGUCCCCGCCGCCGGCGCAGCACCCGUACCGGGGGCACCUGCCGCUGCCGCGCCGCCUCCUGCUGGAGCGGCUCCUGCUGCUCCUCGCUCCGUAGCCAGGGCCUUCAAGGCUUGA